UGUAUUUAUAUACAUAACAGCGCUGUAGCCGCAUGCAUUUACCCACAUCCCACGACGUAGACAGAAGCUACCGACAACCUGAAGGGAACGAUAUCCAUAACCAUGACGCCCUUGUCACUGUCAUUUUCGAGUCUGUUAAAGAAUAAGGAUUCUCUGCAGAAGUUUUUCAAUUGCUACAAUGCCUUCCACGCGCAGCACGACAUACCACGGUACUUCGGAAACCGAACGCCGUGGAAGAAGGCUCGGUUAUGGGAGCGGAAUUUCAGUGCGGUGUCCCGCAGUAGGUUCAUCGGCCAAGUGUUGGCGGAACAACCCUUUGCCAAAAACUAUGCGAAGGAAGCUACUAUGUGUACCACUUCUGCAAGUGGCCAAGACAUGACCAACUGGUUGUGGUCUAUUUACAACGAAACCAAAAAACAGACCGAAGCCCUGAUCCCUGUGAUCUCUAAGAACAGUGUGAACCCCGACACCAUCUUUGCCAACAACGAGAUGAGUCUGGGUGACAUCGAGAUCUACGGGUUCGACUAUGACUACACUCUGGCCUUCUACUCCAGACACCUCCACACCCUCAUCUUUAACAUCGCCAGGGACAUCCUCAUCCAGGAGCACAGGUACCCUGAGGGCUUGCGAGAGUACGAGUACAUCCCUAACUUUGUUGUCAGAGGACUGCACUAUGAUGUCCAAAGGGCUUUGCUGAUGAAGAUAGAUGCCUUUCACUACAUACAGCUGGGAACCGUAUACAGGGGUCUUCACCCGGUACCAGACAAGGAGGUGAUUGCUAUGUACGAUGGCUGCCAUGUUCCUCUGGAGAAUAUGAGUGACUUCUAUGGCAAGAGUUCCCAUGGCCACACAAUGAAACAGUAUAUGGACAUAUUUUCCCUCCCAGAGAUGAACCUUCUGUGUUCCGUUAACGACUACUUCAUGAAGCACAAUAUCGACUACGAGCCCGUCCAUCUCUACAAAGACGUCAAGGAAGCGAUAGGAGAUGUCCAUGUGAAGGGUAUUAUGUAUCGGGCUGUGGAGGCAGAUAUUGAGAACUAUAUUUCCUAUGGAGAACAGACUCAUGCUGUGUUGAAGAAGCUUUAUGAGGAUGGAAAGAAGAUGUUCCUCAUCACUAACAGCCCCUUUGACUUUGUGGAUCGGGGAAUGAACUACAUCGUUGGGAAAGACUGGAGAGAUCUGUUUGACAUUGUCAUCGUACAGGCCGACAAACCUGGCUUCUUCAACGACAGGAGAAAGCCCUUCAGGCGAGUGACAGAUAAAGGGGUGCUGCAUUGGGACAGGAUUCACAAGCUGGAGAAGGGGAAGAUCUACAAACAGGGAAACCUCUAUGAGUUCCUGAGACUGACUGGCUGGAGGGGGUCCAAGGUGUUGUACUUUGGAGAUCACAUCUACAGUGACCUGGCAGACCUGACCCUGAAGCACGGCUGGAGGACGGGCGCCAUCAUCCCUGAGCUGAGGAAAGAGAUCAAGAUCAUGAACACUGAGGAAUGUGUUCACCUGAUGACCUGGUUACAGGGUCUGACUGGGCUGAUAGAACACAUGCAGGUCCACAGAGAUCCAGCUUCUCAAGCUGUCGUCCAGGAGUGGAUCAAAGAGAGAGAAGCCAUGAGAUCGCAGACAAAGGACAUCUUCAACGGCCAGUUUGGGAGUCUCUUCCGGACCUACCACAACCCCACCUACUUCUCCCGCCGUCUGUCUCGUUUCGCUGACAUCUACAUGGCGUCCCUCAGCUGUCUGCUCAACUAUGACUUCCAUCACACCUUCUUCCCCCGUCGUACGCCCCUGCAACACGAGUCACCCUUCUGGCCCGAGCAGACCAGCGCCGGGGCCCUGAAGAUGCCCUUCAUACCCCCACAGAACCACAACUGAAGAGUAGAACAGGGAAUGGGG